UGUGUGUGUGUGUGUGUGUGUGUGUGUGUGUGUGUGUGUGUGUGUGUGUGUGUGUGUUAACUGAGCUGGUAACCACACAUCUAUAUCGCCAUUAAAACACACAUGCAUUUAAAGUAAUUUGACAUAGACAUAUUUUUAAAAGCAGUAAGGUUUAUUAUAUCGCACUUUCUGCGUCAGGCUAAUGCUAAUUUUAGCCUCGCAAUCACGGCUGUAGGGAGCUAACGGUAGCUAAGCUAGCUGUCAACACACGGACUAGCUUCUACAGAGGAGAAGCUGCCCACAUGUUUAGGGUGACUUUGUGCUUUUACAAAUAAAGGCAACAGUAGGAGCUAUGCGGUCAUUAAACUAUGUCCAGCGGGUUAGCUUGGAUUUCACAGGAACUCUGUUUCCUCACGCGAUCUGUCUGGGAGAUGCGGACAACGACUCGUUGAACGAGCUGGUUGUAGGAGACACCAGUGGAAAGCUGCUUGUUUAUAAGAAUGAUGACUCCAAACCCUGGAUCACAAGGACCUGUGUGGGCAUGCUGACCUGUGUUGCAGUUGGAGAUGUGUGCAAUAAAGGAAAGAACCUGGUGGUUGCUGUGGGUGCAGAGGGCUGGUUUCACCUCUUUGACCUGACAGCCGCCACUGCGAGCAAAGCAGAUUCGUCCAGUCAGCAUGAGUUCCUGUCCUUUGAAGACCAGAGACCCUUCUUCACACAACACAUCCCCGCCAACACCAAAGUCAUCCUCAUCAGUGAUAUCGAUGGUGAUGGACGCUGUGAGCUGGUGGUGGGCUACACAGACCGGGUGGUGCGAGCUUUCCGCUGGGAGGAGCCGUCUGACAGUUCAGACCUGGGAUCUGGUCAGCUGGUUCUGCUGAAGAAAUGGCUUCUGGAGGGGCAGGUGGACAGUCUGUCAGUGAACCCCGGUCCAGAGGGUUUACCAGAGCUCAUGGUGUCUCAGCCAGGCUGUGGCUAUGCCAUCCUGCUGUGUUCCUGGACACAACAAGACUCCUCUGGCUCUGCAGAAGACGCCCCUGCCACCCCGGGGAGUGAGGGGCCCUCUAGAGAUGUAGUUCUCCAUCUGACCACUGGGCGGAUACACAACAAGAAUGUUUCCACUCAUCUCAUUGGUAGCAUAAGCAAAGGGUCAAAAGAGGAAUCUUCCACAUGCGGGCUCUUCGCUCUCUGUACGUUAGAUGGUACGCUGAAGCUGAUGGACAGCUCAGAGCAGCUGUUGUGGUCAGUCCAGGUGGAUCAUCAGCUCUUCGCCCUGCAGAAACUUGACGUCACUGGUGACGGCCGAGAAGAGGUGGUAGCGUGCGCCUGGGACGGUCAAACCUACAUCAUCGACCACAAUCGGACAGUGGUGCGGUUCCAGUUCGAUGAAAACGUCAACGCUUUCUGUGCUGGCCAGUAUACAUGUAAGGAGGGUAAAAACAGCCCCUGCCUUGUGUAUGUGAGUUUCAACAACAAAAUCCACAUCUACUGGAAGGUGGAGCUUGAGCGCAUGGAGUCCACUAACCUGCUGCGGGUCCUGGAGGAGAAACCGGAGUUUAAGAACCAGCUGAAGAUGCUGGGAGUCGAUGCUGAGGACCAGGCAGCAAUGAGAGCACUGGUGGCAAAUAUUCUCUAUAAGGAUUCACAGACGUAGCACAGUGACACAUCAACGCACUGCCUGUCUCUGUUUACCUCCCUGACUGUAAAUACUCUGUUAAUAAACACUGACUGUCUGUC